GAAUGAACACAUGCCGGUGAAUAACCCGUCCACUCAGAUUUACCAGCUGCAGGCCCUGGCCUCGGAACUGAAAACUGGCUUCACAGAAGCAAUGCAGGAACUGACACGGAUCCAACAUGGAGAAUACGCUUUGGAAGAGAAGGUCAAGAGCUGCAGAUGUUCCAUGGAAGAGAAGGUCACCGAGAUGAAGAAUUCCUUAAACUACUUCAAGGAAGAGCUGAGCAAUGCGAUGUCCAUGAUUCAGGCCAUCACUUCCAAACAAGAGGAGAUGCAGCAGAAAAUCGAACAGCUUCAGCAGGAGAAGAGAAGAGAAUCUCGAAAGGUUAAAGCCAAGAAAGCACAAAAGGAAGAACAUGGCGCACAGGCAGGACCUGCAUCUGCGCCUGCGUCUGCGCCUGCGCAAGGAAGCCCCUUCCGCUCCAUCAAUGUCCCCGAGUCUGGUCUCCCCAGUGAAGACUUCACCAACAUGUUGCCUUCUCAGACUUAUGAAAAAGCCCAAGAGUCAAGAUCUGUUCAUGUAGGAGAUGGCAAUGUGAAGGGGAUGAUGGGUCCUGGAGUGAACCCAACAACUCCAGAAUCAGAUGAAAACCUUAAGCCUUCUCUCUCAGCUGAGAUCCAGUCCAAGGGCCACCACACAUCUGGCCUGUGGAGACAGCCUAAGGACGGCAAAGAAUGGGGCGAGGAAUAUGUCACAAAAGAUCACCCAGAUAAGCUGAAGGACGCGGGCCAGGGUAGACACAGCUCUCUGGAAAAUGUUCUGUGUGAAACCUCUUUAGCCGCAAAAAGGCAGACUGUGGCUCUGGAGCUGCUGGAAUCCGAAAGGAAAUACGUCAUCAACAUCUCUCUGAUCCUGAAGAUAAAGGCGACAUUCCAGGGCUCGGAUGGAAAGAGGAACCCCAAGGAGAGAAGCCUCUUCCCUGGCUCCCUGCGCUACCUUAUCCAGCAGCACUUGGAUUUGCUUCACGCGCUGCAGGAGAGGGUCCUGAAAUGGCCACGCCAAGGAGUCCUCGGAGACCUAUUCCUGAAGUUGACAAAUGAUGAGAAUAAUUUCUUGGAUUACUAUGUUGCCUACCUGAGGGAUUUACCCGAAUGCAUCUCACUGGUUCACGUUGUGGUGCUGAAGGAGGGUGAUGAAGAGAUUAAGUCGGAUAUCUACACCCUGUUUUUCCACAUAGUACAGCGCAUCCCUGAAUAUCUGAUACACCUGCAGAAUGUUCUGAAGUUCACGGAGCAGGAGCACCCCGACUACUAUCUCCUGCUUGUGUGUGUCCAGCGCCUCCGAGUGUUUAUCUCUCACUAUACCCUGCUGUUUCAGUGCAAUGAAGAUUUGCUUAUCCAGAAACGGAAAAAGCUCAAAAAGUCAUCUAUGGCAAAGCUGUACAAAGGGCUGGCUUCCCAGUGUGCCAAUGCUGGCCAAGAUGCUUCCCCCACUGCAGGCCAGGAGGCUGUCCGAGACAGUGGGAUCCACUCAGAAGAAAUGCUCCAACCCUACCCUUCCACUCCCAGUUCUGCCCCUGCUGUCACACAUCUGAUGGCCCCAGCGAAGAAAGGCCAGCAGCAGCAGCAGCAGCAGCAGCAGCAGCAGAGCCUCAUGGAGAGCAUGCAGCCCGGGAAGCCAGGAGACUGGGAGAUGGAGGGCAGAAAGCAUGAGCGGCCCGAGAGCCUGCUGGCGCCAGCGCAGUUCUGUGCGGCCGAGCAGGACGUGAAGGCGCUCGCCGGGCCGCUGCAGGCCAUCCCGGAGAUGGACUUCGAGCCGUCCCCCGCCGAGCCGCUGGGCAACGUGGAGCGCUCCCUGCGCGGUCCGCCGGAGCUCCUGCCCGACGCGCGCGGCUUCGUGCCCGCUGGCUACGAGGAGUUCGAGUACGGGGGAGAGAUCUUCGCGCUGCCCGCGCCCUACGACGAGGAGCCCUUCCAGGCGCCAGCGCUCUUCGACAACUGCUCGCCGGCCUCCUCCGAGUCCAGCCUGGACAUCUGCUUCCUGCGGCCCGUCAGUUUCGCCAUGGAGGCUGAGCGGCCCGAACACGCGCUGCAGCCGCUGCCCAAGAGCGCUACGUCGCCGGCGAGCAGCAGCGGCGCCUACAAGCUGGAGGCCGCGCAGGCGCAGGCACACGGGAAGGCCAAGCCGCUGAGCCGCUCGCUCAAGGAGUUCCCGCGCACGCCGCCCGCCGAGGGCGUGGCCCCGCGCCUCUACAGCACGCGCAGCAGCAGCGGAGGCCGCGCGCCGCUCAAGGUCGAGCGUGCUCCCGCAUCCCACGGCCCCGCUGCCGCCGCCGCCGCCUCCCGCGGGGCGCCGCGGACCUUCUUCCCCCAACAGAGGUCCCAAAGCGAAAAACAGACCUAUUUGGAAGUAAGGAGGGAGAUGCACCUAGAGGAUGCCACCCGGUUCUGUCCAAAGGAAGAAAGAGAGAGUGAACAGACUUCUUUCAGCGAUCAAAAUCCCAGGCAAGACCAGAAAGGGGGCUUUCGCAGCUCAUUCCGCAAGCUCUUUAAAAAGAAAAAUGGGAACUCAACUGGUGAAGAUUUCUGUGGUCCUUGGGGCUGGUGGUGACAUCAGAGCUUUCCCAUUUCCAGGGAAAGCUCGUCUGAUGCAGUGUGUGGAGGAACUGUUCCCUUGCACGGGCUCUGGAACACCGCUUUCAUACAUCCUAAGUAGGACUCGGACACUGGGUCUCGGUUCCUGAGCUCGUUCUACCCACUCAAGCUCCAAGUUUAAACUAGUGAGAGGGCUUCAGUCUAGUUGCAUACGAGAUUAUUUCUAGAAAGCCUCCUCCCUCUAGGACUUCUGACAUGAACAGACUGGAGAAGGUACAGAAUGGAAUGGAUUGUCUAACCAGGAGAAAGGAAGAAUGCGUCCCGGACUGGGCACUCAGACGGACUGGGCUAACUACCCAUUAGUCUUGGUUUCCUUUGCGGUGGUUGACAUAACUGUACUGACUUCUGCAUUCUACCAA